UAAAAUCCCUCCUUCUGCAACAACAUUUCACAUCACCUAAACACAACAAACAUCUUGAGAAACCAAAGAAGAAGAAGAGGCGAAAGAAGAAAACUUGAACUUGAGAGAUGGAGCGCAGAAAGUCAUAUGUGCUUGUCGCGCUCUUCGCAUUGCUUCUCUUGACCGAUAUUGUCAUUGCACAGAGCGAUGGCGGCAAAGGCAACGGAAAGGGGAAUGAGGGACAAGUAGACAAGGGUAAAGGAAAUGACGACAAAGGCAAAGGUAACGGCAACGGUAACGGUUAUGGCCCAAAGGACAAAGAGAAGGAUAAGAAGGAGAAGGAACAGAAGGAAAAGGAAAAGAAGGAGAAGAAGGAGAAGGAGAAGAAGGAGAAGGAGGAGAAGGAAAAGAAAGAUAAGGAAAGGAAGGAAAAGGAGAAGAAGGAGAAAGAGAGGAAGGAGAAGGAGAAGAAGGACAAGGAGCAGAGUGAAGCGGCUGCGAGAUACAGGAUGCUUUCACCGUUGCCUUCAGGACAAGAGCAGGCGAUGUGCCAGGCUCAGGGUGCAUGUUAUUACAAGACUCUUGUUUGUCCUAGCGAAUGUUCCAAGAGAAAGCCCACGAAGAACAAAAACACCAAAGGUUGCUUCAUUGACUGCACUAGCAAAUGCGAAGCUACAUGCAAAUGGAGAAAAACGAACUGCAAUGGCUAUGGAUCUCUAUGCUAUGACCCUCGAUUUGUCGGAGGAGACGGUGUGAUGUUUUAUUUCCAUGGAUCUAAGGGCGGAAACUUUGCGAUCGUUUCAGACAACAAUCUCCAGAUCAACGCUCACUUCAUCGGUACAAGACCCGUUGGAAGAACCAGAGACUACACAUGGGUUCAAGCCCUAAAUGUCAUGUUCGAAAACCACAAGCUCGUGAUCACAGCCAAUAGAGUGACUCAGUGGGAUGAAAAUUCUGACGCCUUUACCAUUAGAUACAACGACGAACUCAUCACACUUCCUGAAGAUGAACAAUCCGAGUGGAGGGCAAUUUCGGGACAAAGAAGAGAGAUCGUAAUCGAAAGAACCGACGAGAGAAACAGCGUAAGAGUACUUGUCUCUGGUCUUGUUCAGAUGGACAUCAAAGUGAGACCCAUAGGGAAAGAAGAGAACAGAGUUCACAACUAUCAGUUGCCACAGGAUGACGCUUUUGCCCAUCUUGAGACUCAGUUCAAGUUCUUAGACCUAAGUGAGCUCGUCGAGGGUGUUUUGGGGAAAACCUACCGUCCUGAUUACGUCAGCUCCGCCAAGACUGGAGUCCCGAUGCCUGUGAUGGGAGGUGAAGACAAAUACCAAACGCCUUCUCUGUUCUCGCCAACUUGCAGAUUAUGCAGGUUUAAGCCUCAAGAAGAAUCACUCUCUGCUGAUUUCUAAAUAAAAUUCAAGAAAUAUUUGUAUUUGUAACUGUUUUGUUUCUCGAAAUAUUUAUAUUCAUAAAAGUAAUGUAAUAAGAGCCAAGAAGAUAAUGUUUGGCCAGUUUGUGAUGUUUUUGAGGGUCUAAGAAAUGCAAGACGUUUCUUGCACCAAAAGCAAACCCUUGAUUUCUUAUUUUUUCCCCUUGUUCCUCAAUUGUGUUUUGAAUACGAAUAUGUUUACAUAACAAUUAAAAUUAAAAACUAUUUUG